CGGAGUGCUGGAAGAGAAGUUACCUUGCCCCAGUUCUCCGAGAGCACAGGGAGAGAGACAGACAUCUCUGAUUGUUUGUUGCCAGUAGGGAGACGGGAAGGUGUUAGCCUGCUGUGUGAGAGCGUUUGAAAUCAAGGCUGCGAGAAGGAACCAUAUGGCACAAAAUACAAUAUAGGUCCCUGCUUGUGAUUUACCAUGGCCAAAGUGCUCUGCAGCCUCCUUCUCCUGGGAAGCGCAGUGAUGAUGACCACAGCCUGCCCUAAAUAUUGUGUUUGUCAGAACCUAUCAGAGUCCUUGGGCACACUGUGCCCAUCCAAAGGUCUGCUGUUCGUGCCCUCUGACAUUGACAGAAGAACCGUGGAGUUACGCCUGGGAGGAAACUACAUUAUCAAAAUUACCCAGCAGGACUUCACCAACAUGACGGGCCUUGUGGACCUCACACUGUCACGAAACACCAUCAGCUUCAUCCAGCCCUUCUCCUUUGUGGAUCUUGAAACCUUGCGUUCGCUGCACCUGGACAGUAACCGGUUGACAGAGCUGGGCCCAGAUGUCCUGCGAGGCUUAGUGAACUUACAACACCUCAUCCUAAACAACAACCAACUGACUCGUAUCUCCAAAGAAGCUUUCGAUGACCUGCUGCUCACCUUGGAGGACCUAGACCUCUCCUACAACAACCUGCGAGGCAUACCCUGGGAGGCCAUUCGGAAAAUGCUCAACCUACACCAGCUGAGUCUGGACCACAACCUCAUCAGCCACAUCGCUGAAGGCACUUUUAUUGAUCUAGAAAAGCUGGCAAGGCUGGAUCUUACAUCAAACCGUCUCCAGAAGCUUCCGCCAGAUCCCAUCUUUGCUCGGUCACAGAUCAGCAGCGUUCUUAGUACACCGUUUGCCCCGGUCUUGUCUCUCAGCUUUGGCGGGAAUCCUCUUCACUGUAACUGUGAGAUUCUUUGGUUGCGCCGUUUAGAACGGGAGGACGAUAUGGAAACAUGCGCCUCCCCUCCUAGUCUGAAAGGUCGCUACUUCUGGUAUGUGCGAGAGGAAGAGUUUGUGUGUGAACCACCGUUAAUUACCCAACAUACCCAUAAGCUUUUGGUCCUGGAGGGACAGACGGCCAGUUUACGCUGCAAGGCAUCUACAUCCACAGCAAGGAUGAUUCCGGUGAUCAGCAGAUCCUUCUUGGUCAACAACCUGAUGCCAGGAAUGCAGUAUGAUCUAUGCGUGUUGGCCAUCUGGGAAGACACCACUACCACACUCACUGCGACGAACAUAGUGGGUUGUGUGCAGUUUGAGACACGUGACGAGUAUCCCCGCUGCCAGUCACUGCACAGUCAGUUUUUAGGAGGAACCAUGAUCUUGGUGAUUGGUGGAGUGAUCGUAGUCACUUUGUUGGUCUUUAUCGUCAUCCUUAUGGUACGCUAUAAAGUAAACAGUGGAUUGCAGGUUGCAAAGUUGGUGACGGUGAGCAAUACCUACUCCCAGACCAAUGGGAGACCACAGGCUACACAGCGACUAAACAACGGCGCUCCUACACCACAGGCUCCAAAGACUGUAGUGGUGAUGCGAGAUGAAGUGGUGGAGUUUAAGUGUGGCUCCUUGCAGAGUAGCAUCUCGUCCUCUUCAUCCUCCUCGGCUGACUCCCUUGGAAGUGAGAAAGUUGAGUCUUACAAUCGACAUGUGGAUUCUAACACCUUGCCCAACAGGUGGAAGCAGUCGUCAACUAAGGCACGACCAAACCUGGAUAACCUGCUUGGGGCAUUUGCUUCUCUGGACCUGAGGGUUCCCGCAAGAGAUCCGGUAGGAGCAUCUUCUUCAGGGACCAUGGCGAUGGGCAUGAGACCGCCCACUGACAAGGAGCCUCUGCUAGGCCAGGGAGAGUCCAAGCUUGGGAAGCUUGUAAUGCUGCCAUCAGAGAACAAGCCCAAGCGCAGCCACUCGUUUGACAUGGGCGACUUUGGUGCUUCACAGUGCCUUAGUUACCCACGACGCAUCAGCAACAUUUGGACUAAGAGGAGUCUCUCGGUCAACGGUAUGCUCCUGCAGUGCGACGAGAGCGAGGGGGAAGGGGAUAAGGCACCGUUUGAUAGCUCUGAGUGGGUUAUGGAGAGUACAGUCUGACAGGGAUAUUGGAUUAGCUCUGCCAAAAAAGAACAAAAAACAACCCAUUCUCCGAACUCGUCUGGUGAAAAGGAUAUGAACUUGCUGCAUCAUAUGACGUCAAGAAGGACUCAAAUGGCUGUAAUGAAAAGACACCUCAGCAGUGGCCAUGACUGUGUAAUGCAUGAUUUUUCCAUGUCAAUAUUGUCCUUCUUAUCAUUUGAUCACAAAGAAGUUCAAAGGUUUGUGUCCGAGCUAGGCAAGCAGUCGAGGCCAGGGCUGGUCCUGUUUAUUAAGAGCUGGACGAAGGAUAUCUCCAGUUGCCUUCAAAUAUUAAAGCAGAUAUGAAUAAAUACCCAAGAACAAGGGAUAUGGGGGUAUCUCAGAAAAGCAGGGGGAAUAAAAGAGAGAAUUUAUCCGACUGUGCACUGCAGUUUGCCAAGAGGAUUUUCUUCAGCUAAGUGGAUGUGCAUCACAUUGGACCAAAUGUUCCCAUGAGACAGAACUACAUAAUUUAGCAGGUGAAAUGAAAAAAAAAAAAGAAAUGCAAAUGUAAUGAAUUUUUGUAGGUUCUUUUUCUUUUGUUGUCGUUUUUACUUUUUUAAGUUAAUUCUAGUGUUGUCCCCCUGCAUUUUUCCUGAACAACUGAAGAAUACAGUAUAGCCUGUCAUACAUAUUUUACACUGAGGAGAAAUACAAAUCUAAAGUACAGGAAGAUUUCGUUGUCAUAAUCAAAUCUGCAAACCUAAUCUGCUAAUUGUCUAUGAUGUUUAUUGACAUUAUGUGCCUCUUUUUCAGUUUAUCAGUGCAUCUGUCACAUUUGUUUUUAGUUUCAGAGUUUGAAAGCUGACUGUCGUCUGAUCAGAUCGCUGCAAAUUUCCUUUAGUACUGAUACAGCACAGUACAAGUCAGUCUGUCUGAGGUACAUAUUAUUUAUACAAAGCGAUAUUUACUACAUAUUACAUACCCAACCAAUACGUUGCAUACCCAACCAAGAAGAGACUCUGUUCGAUGUCCCCUUUGUCUACCCUUUUUAAAAAGUAGAAAAAAAAAGUAAAAAAAUGGUAUAUACCAACAUGAUUUAGACAUGGUACCUCUGUAAUGCCACACUAUUCUUUAAAGUACCAUGCUAUAUGACUAUGUGAAUAAUUGAUUAAAUUACAUUUUGCAAGCAUAUUCCAAGGGUAUGAUUAUACCCUUGGAAUAUGCUUUCAAAAUAAUGUUUGAUUAUGAUUUCCUGAUUUUCCAUGAUGGUAAUUACCUCAAUGAUCAUUUUCUA